GAAAAAAACCCACCCAAUUUUGGUGAGGUUGGGCUUUAUGAGCUUAUUUUUGUCUGGCACAAUGGGAAAGGAGAUGGUUUUGAAAAAAUAAGACUGUGAGGUCUGGCUGAAUUACCUUACCUUUGUUUCUUUGCUGUGGGAUGGAUUCUACAUUGAGUUGAUUCUCAUGUCUGUCAACUAUCUUGAGGAAAUCCUGAUAAACAAGCAUCAAGGAAGCAAGAACCCCAGGUUGGCUUAUUAAGGAACAUUUCUAAAAUUUAAGUUGAGUGUGGAAACCUUGAAUCUCCUGCAACCGUACAUCAUUUGGCUCUCUUCUUCAGUAGCAAGGACACAAAGGGCACAAAGGACUUUGCACAAUGGCUUUGUUGGUAGUCAAGUUUGAUUUGAAGAAGCGAGUGAAGCUUGCUCAGACGGUCUGGUUUAUGUACUGGUUUGCUGUACUGGCUGGUAUUCUUGUGCUCAGCUUGGGCCUAUUCUUCAAGAUUGAGCUGCGAAAGCGCUCAGAACUUAUGGACAACAAUGAGAGCCACUUCUUGCCCAACGUGCUCAUAGCUAUGGGUCUUAUAGCUUGUGGUAUCAAUGCCUUCGGAGGCAAAGUUUGCUAUGACUCUUUGGACCCUACAAAGUUUGCAAAAUGGAAACCAAUGUUAAAGACCUUUUUGGUUUUCUGCGUGGGGUUCAAUGCCCUCCUUAUUGUCACCUCCCUGCUAUGCUUUAUAAUGAGGAUCCCUUUGCAGUUCACCCUGGCUGAGGGUCUGAAGAAUGGCAUGAAAUACUACAAGGACACGGACACGCCAGGACGCUGCUACAUGAAGAGGACCCUGGACCUGAUGCAGAUGGAGUUUCGCUGCUGUGGGAAUGAUAACUACAGGGAUUGGUUUGAGAUUCAGUGGGUCAGCAAUCGAUACCUGGACUUCAGCGCAAAGGAAGUCAAAGAUCGAAUCGGGAGCAACGUGGAUGGACAGUAUUUGAUGGACGGAGUCCCGUUCAGCUGCUGCAACCCCAGCUCCCCCAGACCCUGCAUCCAAUACCAGAUGACCAACAACUCCGCUCACUACAGCUAUGACCACUACACCGAGGAGCUGAACGUGUGGAGACGUGGCUGUCGGGACGCCUUGCUGUCUUAUUACGGAGGCAUAAUGAAUACCAUCGGAGCUCUAGUGCUGCUGGUCACUAUGCUGGAGGUUGCUGUGACCAUCGGCCUGCAGUAUGUUGACACCUCCCUGUCCACGCUGGCCAACCCGGAGGACAUGGAGAGCGAGAGCGAGGGCUUCCUCCUGGAGAAGACAGUGAAGGAGACAUUCACUGACAUCAUGGCUAAAAUGAAAACCAUGGGGAAAGGGGCAAAGGUGGAGGAAGGGGGUGAGGAGGGCGUCGCUACUGUCAGCUGAACAAACUCCAGCCACCUGCAGAAACUGUGAAAACUUCCACCUGAAGUGGAGAUGACAAGAGAACAUUUUCUACCAGACUUUAUUUUCUAGCUCCACCAACUCACCCAAUCUGAUAAAAACAAAGUGAUUAAAGUUUUUGAAAUAAAUUGAUUUUUUAAA